AAAGAACGAAGAGGUUUAACAAAAAGACCUCUACUAUAACCUGAAAUUGUAAAGACUAGAAAGAACGAACAGAGCUUUUCGCUUGAAACCCGGCAAUGGUUUCUUUGUCGACUUGGUGUCGAUACUUGGUUCACAAGAUCGAGUACUCCUUCACUCUCGGCUGGAAGAGCUAUAAGAGAGGGCAAAUCAGUGACCGGGAAUUACAAGAUGCAGUUUGGAAAAAUGUGUUUCAGGGAAAAUUGACUUACUUACACUGGAGUAAAGGAGAGGCAAUGGCCCCAACUAUUGGAGAACGAGGGGGUACUCUUCUUGUACGGAAGAUUCCAUCUGCAGACCCAGGUCGAGUUUUUGUUGGGGAUGUCAUUGUCAUGAAGGACCCUGACGAUUCUGAUAACUAUCUGGUCAGAAGAUUGGCUGCCACUGAAGGAUAUGAAAUGGUGUCUAAGGAUGAAAAAGAUGAGCCAUUUGUUCUUGAAAAGGACCAGUGCUGGGUAUUGGCUGACAAUGAAAAAUUGAAGCCCAAGGUAUUAAAUGAAGCCAAGGAUAGUCGGUUAUUUGGUCCAGUUCCCAUGACUGGCAUAGUUGGCCGAGUUAUAUAUUGUCUGCGAACAGCUGUUGAUCAUGGUCCUGUUCAGAACAGUCAUUACGGUAUGCGAAAGGAUUCUCCAGUGUUGGAAGUAGAGCUGGAUGUUGAUGACAUGGUGAAAAAUCACAAAUCCUAAACUGUUUACACUUUGAAAGUGUGCCUAUUUGUCUUUAUUACACCUUUUUCCCUCUGUGGGCAUCUUUUCAGUUUAACAUUGAAAUUAAGGAGAGAAUAAAGAAAAACAAAGAGGGCAUUUAGGUUCAUGUGUUAUUCAUGAGGAUGGUAGUUUGUCCUUUCAAGAUGUAAAGCAAUUGGGGGAAUUUCAUCAUAUUAUCUUUCCAUUUGAAAACCACGAAGGGCUGCCUGACUUAUGUUGGAUUUUGAGUUUGGAUCAUAUUGAACAAUUGCUUUUAUA